AUGCGGAUCGAAUUCGAAGCAGUCACUGGAAGUGAUCCGGUAACGCAACAAAAUACGGUGACGAAACAUGGUGCAGACGCUUCAGCUCAUGUGAUGGUACAGUAUGACGAGGUAGUCGGACACAACGUGACGAAUGGAACUGAUACGAUAAGUGCUGCCGUAAACGGACGUAACACGGUAACAGAACACGGCAAAGCGGCUGGACAGCAAGCUGUGAUCGGGCGUGAUAUGGCAGCAGAAGCAAAUACUACGGUGGUUGAAAACGAUACGGUAGCAGGGUGCAAUGCAGUGAUGGAAUUGAGUGCAACUGCAGAACAGGGUAUGAUGGCGAAAUGUGAGAAAGUGAUGCAGCACGAUAUAGUGACCGGGCAGAAUACAGUAGUAGAAAGUGGUACUGUGAAAGGACAAAAUACGCCGGUGGGGCAAAAUACUGUACCAGUAGAACACUACAAAGCUGCAGUUGCGAAAAACGUCCAGGCGGUGAUUGAAAAGGAUUCAAACGUUAUGGUAGUGUCACUGGCUCUUCGGGCUACCACUGCUAUUGGUGAACGAUUAAACAGAAAUUUUUCCAAAUAUGUGCCACUGGUACGUCCAUGUUUUCGAAAAAUUUCUUAA